AUGGGCCAAGGCUAUAACUACCUGGAGCGCGGCAAUCUUGAUGCCUUCACCGGCCGAGGCCCAUGCAUAGACACCCCGGUCUGCCGCCUCAACCUCACCUCUGACGGCUCUGGCUCCCACCAUGGUUGGUAUUGCGACUAUGUUGAGGUUACUACCACUGGCCCCCAUAAAUCAUGCUCUCAGACAUUCUUCUACAUUGACCAGUGGCUCGCUGAUGAUGUCAGCCCCUACAAUCUCAGCGCCGUCCUCGACGGAUGCCACCGUGCACAAUACGCUCGUCGGCUUGAUGAGAUGCAUGAUUCAAUUCAUUGA